AGUUACUGGACUAUUCCCGUUAAUGGAGAGAGCAAAAUCCAAGGUAGAUAUAGGCCAUUUCCAUUAAAAAAUAGUAUACGUUGUUUUCCCUGGAGUCCUCCAUCUGCUUGCUGGUGAUGGGGAGGCGGGUAUUGGAGUUCCGAGCAAUGGACGACGACGCUUGGUACAGCGUGAAGGUUGAGUUGAAAGGAGAGACUCUGUCGAUCGAGUUCCAUGGCGUUCAGGAAACCGUCAUGUUCGCGGCUUCCAAUUUUGAGUCGGAGAACGCCGUCGAACGCAUCGUCAGAAGGUUUAGGGUUGUUUCUCCGCAGCUUCAGGUUCGCGAGUGUCCUAGAAUCGAAAAAGGUUCCAUUGUUUGCGCUGCUUGCCACACCUUCGGCGGGGACGACACGCGCUACUAUGAUGCCGUUGUCGAAGCAGUGGACCGAGGAGACCAUUCAUUUGUGAAAGGAGAAUGUUUAUGCACCUUUGUGCUAUCAUGGCUUCUUGGUCCCAAAUUAGGACUUUUAACCAAUGCGAGUAUUGCAAGCAUAUGUACAGUAAAUGAUGAUGGCCAGGUUGAUCCAAUAAUAGCUUCCUUCUCAAAUUUGGCCAAAAGAAAAGUUUCAAAUUCCUCUGGCAAGAACACCACCGUUUCUGCCAAUGAAGGAGGAUGGAAUCAGUUGUUUAUUGAUGAUAAGAGGAAACCUUCAUUCCAGGACAUUCAGAAUCAAUGGGAGUCAAUUUAUGGUAAUGGUGAAAAUUCAGAUGUAGAAACCUUGAGCGACCUUAAUUGUUAUCAAGAUCAAGAUCUAGGUGGUGAUUCUGGUGAACCAUCAAACUGCUUUUUCAUAGUAAUUGGGAAUAUGGAGAGAAGCUUAUCACCAGCAUCAAUACGGGAGUUCAUAAACAGACAUGCUUGUGUAUCACCAGAAGUGUAUGUUUUACCAAGUCCCAUGCCAACACACUUUACAAGAGCUGUUCUUUUAUUGGAUACAAAGAAGAAGCACGACAUGGUGUGCCAAUUUCUCGACAGUCCUGAUCAUUUUGUAGUGUCCAUGAGUGGAAGGCCAUGGGUUUCAAUUGAAUGUGACACAAAGCUUGGAAUAAAUUGCAACUCAUUUGGGAGCCUAGCCUGCAAUCAGGAAAAUAGGGAUGAUAGUUAUUUGGAUGGUGAAGUAGCGAUGGUAGUUCAUUCCGGUUCUGAAGCGUACAAACGUGCCAAGCGAUUGAAGGAUUUGUUUAUGGACUUCUCUAACCAUGAACAACUGCUCUUGAAGAGAUUGAUAGAGGAAGAGGCAAGGGUCUUGUAGUUGUGUGACCCGCCUUUCCGUUUCUUCCUCUCUAUGUAUAUUGGGAAUGUUGGUUGCUUUGUUACCAUUUGUGCAUAUGU